AAUGAGGCACCGCACCGCCCUCACGGUCACGGCACCGCCCUCAUGGUCACGGCACCGCCCACUAUUAAUGAGGCACCGCACCGCCCUCACGGUCACGGCACCGCCCGCCAUUCCUGAGGCACGGCACCGGCACCGCCCUCACGGCCCGGCCCGGCCCCGCCCGCCAUUCCUGAGGCACGGCACCGCCCUCACGGCCCGGCCCCGUCCCGCCCACCAUUAAUGAGGCACCGCCCUCACGGCCCGGCCCCGCCCGCCAUUAAUGAGGCACCGCACCGCCCUCACGGCCCGGCCCCGUCCCGCCCACCAUUAAUGAGGCACCGCCCUCACGGCCCGGCCCCGCCCGCCAUUCCUGAGGCAUAGCACCGCCACGGCCCUCACGGCCCGGCCCCGCCCGCCAUUAAUGACGCACGGCACCGGCCCCGCCCUCACGGUCACGGCCCGGCCCCGCUGGCGUCACUUCCGCCGGGCCGGGCAGGACGAGAUGGCGGCGCUGGGCGAGCCGGUGCGGCUGGAGCGAGACAUCUGCAGAGCAAUUGAAUUGCUGGAGAAAUUACAGAGAAGUGGAGAAGUGCCACCACAAAAGCUACAGGCAUUGCAAAGGGUGCUUCAGAGUGAAUUCUGCAAUGCUGUGAGAGAGGUGUAUGAACACGUAUACGAAACUGUGGAUAUCAGCAGUAGCCCAGAAGUUAGAGCUAAUGCAACAGCAAAGGCCACGGUAGCUGCAUUUGCUGCUAGUGAAGGUCAUUCUCAUCCCAGAGUGGUUGAACUACCCAAAACUGAAGAAGGUCUUGGCUUCAACAUUAUGGGAGGCAAAGAGCAAAAUUCUCCAAUUUAUAUCUCUCGAAUUAUCCCUGGAGGUAUAGCUGACAGACACGGAGGCCUGAAACGUGGAGACCAGCUGCUUUCUGUAAAUGGAGUGAGUGUGGAAGGUGAGCACCAUGAGAAGGCAGUAGAACUGCUGAAGGCAGCUCAAGGAAAGGUUAAGUUAGUUGUGCGAUACACACCGAAAGUGCUCGAAGAGAUGGAGUCCAGGUUUGAAAAAAUGAGAUCGGCAAAGCGAAGGCAGCAAAACUAACACUGUGUGCAAUAACUUACAGCCAAAAUAUACACUGCUUUUACAUUUUCUAGUUUCUUUGUGACUCAGUUGAUCCAAUGCCUGUCAUGAGACCCUGUCCUGUCAUAGAAUCAUGGAACAGUUGAGCUGGAGGGACUAGAUGUAGUUCAUUCCCCAUGACCCAGCUCAGAGGGGGGCUAGCUAGAGCAGGUGUCUCAGGAGUGUGACAAGCUGGCUUAUUAGACAUCUAAGGAUGGAGACUCCAGAAGAUCUCUGGACAGUCUGUUGCAGUGUUUUCCUCUCCCUUAAACUAUGAAGAUCCAUUUCUGUGUUUAAGUAGAGCUUCUGGUAUUUCUGCUUGUGCCCACUUCCUCUUGUCCAGUCACUAGAUCUGCUGGGAGGAGUUAGGCUCUUCCUUUACUCCUCCCUUUCAGGCAUUUACACAGGUUGGUAAGAUCACCUGAGCCUUUUCUUCUCCAGGUGAGAGAGACAAUCCCAGUUCUUCCAACUUCUCUUGUCUGUAAGAUACUCCAAUCACUUAAUCACCUCUGUGGCCCUUAACUGGAUUCACUCUUGUAUGCCCAUUUCUAUGUUGGACUGGGGCUAAAACUGGACCCAGCACUUGAGUUGGAGGAAUCCCCUCCCUCAGCUUGCUGGCAGUGCUCUUUUCAGUGUAGAGCAGGAGACUUGGGUUCCCUGCUGCAAGGGCACAUGGUGGCUCAUGGCUUGUGCUGUUCUCUGCAAGGCUGCUUUGCAGCUGCUCAGUGCCCCAGUCUGUACUGGAGGAUGAGGUUAUUCCCCCCAGUGUAAGACUUUGCACUUUUCUUUGCUGCAUUUCUUGAGAGUCUUGUUUUCCCUUUUCUCCAGCCUGCUGAGGUCCCUUUGAAUGGUUUGCUGAGGGUGUGAUCUGUCCCAUCCCCUGGGUGGUUAGGAAAAUCAUGCAAGAGUGAGGACCCCAGUGCAGGCCCUGGGGUACACUGGUAGUGACUGCAUCCAGCAUUCUGCCACUGAUCACAACAAUCCUCAGCAGUUCAGCCAGGUUCAAAAUGUCUUCAGUCUCCUGCUUCACAGUUUAGGACGAAUGUGUAGGUUUAGAAUGGCCUAAAAUGCCCUGGAAAAGCAUGUAUGGUGAUAUUUCUGUUGAUUUUUUUAAUAAGUCUUGUGUCAGACUUUUAAGCAAGAAAGUGAAUUUACAGGUUUUUCAAAGGCAUUUAAUAAGAUACAGUUGUACAAUCAGCAUCCUUUUUUUUUUUUUCCUGUUUUCUUUUGACAUUACUUAGCAUAGAAUCUUCCAGGAGUUUUGCUAACUGAUUUUUGGAAAUAAAAAAGAAAAUUCUUAUAUAGCAGUAUUUUGGCACUUUUCUUAAGAAUAUGUUGUAUGUCAACUACAAAACGUAAUCACAAUCUACUGUGUAGCUGAUAACAAUACCAGAUUUUGUAAUGUUUUUGGGAAGUACAUUGUUUUUACACUUCUGCUAAAUUAUAAUUCACUACUCUGGAAAUUUUAUUACCUCUCCUGUAAAUAAUUUACAGUUGAUGUUCUUAUGUAAUGAUGUUGUAAUAGCCAACAUUUACAAAUUUGCAACAAUCAUUCCUGUAAUUUACAUUAUUUUGUACUAAUUUUAAAGCAGUUAUGGGGAAAAACAUGAUUGCUGUAUGCAGUUCUGGAUUGACUCUAGAUGUAUUUUUAUACUGAGAAACAGAAGAUAUAUAAAUGCAGUGCAAAAGAAACCCAGAUGCUUCCCUGACUUUCUGCUGUGUAAAAGAAUUAUUCAUCUUAAUUGUCAUACCAUUCUUGUCUUUCUAGUACCUUUUAUUGUAGUCUUACUUGCAUAUUGAAUGUAUUGAUUCUGGAAUUGUAAGUACCUAAAUUACUGAUUGUUAUUGUUAUAAGACUAAAAUGUUCUGAGUCUUAUAUGCCAGGUUACUGUGACAUGUGAACUUGUCUGGGGCUUUAUUACUGACUGCUUUUGACUUGGGGGAUUCAUGUUUGUGCUACAGAAGUGCCACAUCAUGAGAGCUGAAUAAGGACAUCUCCAUCUGUAAACAGUUACUGUCUUAUCUCAUGUAUUCUUGGUGGUGGCAUGGGUUUUGUGUACCAUUUUGAAAGUUUCUGGGCAGAGAUCCAUUUGGAAACUACCAGGUUUAAUGCUGUACUUACAUAGAUUAGGGUUUGGGCUUGGUUUGGGUUUCUUUAAGCUUCACCUUUUGAAGAAUUAACUUCAUUGUCUACUGGGUAUCAGUUCACUUGUAUGGCAGCUAUGAGUACAUCCUAAUUGACUGUUAGUAAUUUGAUUUUUAGAGGCUUAAACUGAAAAGUACAGUUCUUGCUAGGUGGCUAAUCCCUAGUCUUAUUUCACAUCAACCAAUAUGUGGAAGAAAGGAAAAGGUUAGUAACCUGAAAUUGACAGCUUGAAGCUUGUGCUUUGUCAGUUGGUCUAUUUGGGGGGAAAAAAAGUGGUUGCAAUUGGCAAGUGAGAAAUGUGAUUGCUUUCUGCAUGUUUGUAAGCAUGGUAAGCCUGCAAAGAGAAGUUUGGGAGAUACUGGUAAUUUGAAAAUGCAGUAUAAGUAUUUAUCAGUUAGAUGACAUUGAGCACUGAAUUGCAUGGUUGGUUUAUGUCAUAGGCCUCUUUCAAAAGGCCUCAUGUUACUGAUACAACCAUGCUGCUGAAUUGUAUAUUUUUAUGGAACAACUAAUGUUUAAAGUAUUGAGACCAAAAUCACUAGUUAGACCAGUUGUGGAUGUGUUUUAAUUUAAUUGUUAAUUGGUAGAGAUAUGUUAUAGAGCCAUAUAUAAAUAUAUAUAUAUUACAGAAAGGUGUGGAUACAAGAUAGGAAUAUUCAUUUUACAAACUGUAUCCUUUGUAUUACUAAGCAAGAAGUAUGUUUUGUUACUCUAAUGAAAUAUUUACUGCAGCUAGAGCUGCUAAAUGCAGUAGCAUUUUCAUUCUGAAUUGUAGCAUUUGAUUAUGGUUUGUCAACUACUAAAUGUGGAGAGGUGUAUCUGGGUGUAUAAAUAGUACACAUAGAAUUUGAUAAAAUGCUUUUAAAUUGCAGUAACAAAAAAUAACAGACAACUAAUUAACAAUCAUCUUUGGUACUAUGAGAACCCUUUAAUAAUAAGGAAAGGGUCAAUUAAAAUACUCCAAGAAACUUGAUCUCUGUUACUACUGAGCAGUGCCUGUACUGUUAAUAUCCAGUCCAUACACACUAUUCACACUUGGGUAUACA